AUGGACUGGCCAGCCCGAUAUCCAGAUCUCAAUCCUAUUGAACACGUGUGGGACAGGCUUCAGAACGCUGUUUCGCCGAGAAACAUCCAACCUAGAACGCUUCAGGAACUUCAAGCAGCUCUCGUCGCUGAAUGGACAAGUAUUCCCUUAAACCGGAUACGAGACUUGAUCAGAAGCAUGCGCCGCCGCUGCCAGAGCUGUUACCGACAACCUAAUCCAGAACUUUCAGAGAUUGAUUGGUUCCUUCCUGAGGAAACACAUUUGUCCUACAAUACAACUGUCCUCGGCUCAGUAUCUAUGGUCGACUACCAGAUGAAAGUAGCUGCGAUUGUUGCGUGGAAGAUUCAAGCUUACACUAACCCAGACAAAUCGUGUAAAACAAAUGGAAAAGCUAGACAAUGUUGUGACGGCGGUACGCUUCCUGACUGUGAUACAGACACGUGCGACACGCAUUUCAGGAUAUGUGUCAACAAUGAUCCACAUGACACCGGAAAUGGGAACUGUGUCGAUACGAUAGUUAGACCGGAUACAAACCAGCUUUCCACAUGUGGUGACGUCCGUUUAAACCACACUACCAAUCAGCUGGACAUCGCAUCUACGUACAUCUCUACUACAGACACGUGGAGCUGGGUAUGUGUUACAUCACAUAUGGACAGUCCAUCCAGGGACAUGUCCAGACCUGGUACAAGUCAUUGUGAAAAUAGUCCUGGAACCUACCGUUGUACAUGUAACAGUGGCUGGACUGGACGUAACUGUUCACAGGAUAUUGACGAAUGCCAACAUACUCCCUGUGAAAACGGAGGCACGUGUAACAACACGAUCGGGUCCUACACGUGCGCGUGUCAAGGAUUCAGUGGACACAAUUGUGAGAAUGAAAUCAACGAGUGCCAACAUACAAAAUGUCCACAUAAAAACAUGCACUGCGUAAACAGUGUUGGGUCCUACACGUGUAAGUGUUACGCGGGCUGGACGGGUGAUCAUUGUGAUACUGACGUGAAUGAAUGUCAGCAUAAACCCUGUGAACACGGAGGCACGUGUAACAACACGAUCGGGUCCUACACGUGCUCGUGUCACGGAGGAUACAACGGACAUAACUGUAACAGUGAUGUGAACGAGUGUCACCAUCAAAAUCCAUGCCAACACGGAGGCACGUGUAACAACACGAUCGGGUCCUACACGUGCGCGUGUCAAGGAUUCAGUGGACACAAUUGUGAGAAUGACAUCAACGAGUGCCAACAUACAAAAUGUCCACAUAAAAACAUGCACUGCGUAAACAGUGUUGGGUCUUACACGUGCACGUGUAACAACACGAUCGGGUCCUACACGUGCGCGUGUCAAGGAUUCAGUGGACACAAUUGUGAGAAUGACAUCAACGAGUGCCAACAUACAAAAUGUCCACAUAAAAACAUGCACUGCGUAAACAGUGUUGGGUCUUACACGUGUAAGUGUAACGCGGGCUGGACGGGUGAUCAUUGUGAUACUGACGUGAAUGAAUGCCAACAUAACCCCUGUGAACACGGAGGCACGUGUAACAACACGAUCGGGUCCUACACGUGCUCGUGUCACGGAGGAUACAACGGACAUAACUGUAACAGUGAUGUGAACGAGUGUCACCAUCAAAAUCCAUGCCAACACGCACGUGUAACAACACGAUUAUGCGCGUGUCAAGGAUUCAGUGCACAAUUGUGA